CCCCGUGGCGCAGUGUGCGGUGGGGCGCGCGCGCGCGGGGCGCGGAGCUGUCAUGGGGAUCCAGACGAGCCCGGCCCUGCUGGCCUCCCUGGGGGUGGGGCUGCUCUCGCUGCUCGGCCUGGCCCUGGGCGCCUACGCGGUGCGGAGGUCCCGCCGCCGGCCGCGCGUCACGCUCCUGGAUCCCGACCAGAAGUACCUGCUGCGGCUGCUGGACCGGACGACCCUGAGCCACAACACCAAGAAGUUCCGCUUUGCCCUGCCUACCGCCCACCACAUUCUGGGGCUGCCUGUGGGUAAACAUGUCUACCUCUCCGCCCGAAUCGAUGGCAGCCUGGUCAUCAGGCCCUACACUCCCGUCACCAGUGAUGAAGACCAAGGCUAUGUGGAUCUUGUCAUCAAGGUCUACCUGAAAGGUGUGCACCCCAAGUUUCCCGAGGGAGGGAAAAUGUCUCAGUAUUUGGAUAGUCUGAAGAUUGGGGAUGUGGUGGAGUUCCGGGGCCCAAGUGGCUUGCUCACUUAUACUGGAAAAGGGAAUUUUAACAUUCAGCCCAACAAGAAAUCUCCACCAGAAUCACGAGUGGCAAAGAAACUGGGAAUGAUUGCUGGAGGGACAGGAAUCACCCCAAUGCUACAGCUGAUCCGGGCCAUCCUGAAAGUUCCUGAAGAUCCAACUCAGUGUUUUCUGCUUUUUGCUAAUCAGACUGAAAAGGACAUAAUCCUGCGGGAGGACUUAGAGGAGCUGCAGGCCCAAUAUCCCAAUCGCUUUAAGCUUUGGUUCACUUUGGACCAUCCUCCAAAAGAUUGGGCCUACAGCAAGGGCUUCGUGACUGCUGACAUGCUCCGGGAGCACCUGCCCCCCCCAGGAGACGACGUGCUGCUGCUGCUCUGUGGGCCACCCCCGAUGGUGCAGCUGGCCUGCCAUCCCAACUUGGACAAACUUGGCUACUCUCAAAAGAUGCGAUUCACCUACUGAGAAACUCCCAGUGUCCCUCGUCCCCACAGCUGCAAUCGUUCCCAGUCACCACUCAGACACUACACACUGUCAAUCCCUGUUCUGAAACCAUCAGCCUUUUGUAUCUUAAGGUGGAGAUGAAAUUUGGAUGGUACCCUAGGAACAAUUUUCCUAUCACCACGGAAGAGGGUCAAAGCUGUCAUUCCUGAGAAGCCCCCUGCCGGCGGUCUCCCUGUGACAGGAAGUCCAGCUGAGGCCCAGGGAGUAGUCUCUUCCCUCAGGUCAGAAAGUUAGCAUCACAGCUGCUUUGUACCUUUGAUGGAAGGAACCGGCCUAUUCAGUGUGCUUUAUUUAAUAUUCAAUGCCUAAACCAGGGGCAGAUUCUGCUUAUGUGAGCACAAGUUGAAUGGACUUAACAGAGAUAGGCUAUAGACAGUAGAGAAGGGCUGGGAAUAUGGCCUAGUGGCAAGAGCGCUUGCCUCCUACAG